AUGUCGCCAAAGGAAACGACUCCAGAGAUAGGGUUCAGAUGUCUAGUCAACAGCAGACGGCCAUCAAUUCCUUACAGUCAAAGGGACGCAAACCAACUCGCAAAGCCUAAAAUCCCGUGCCCUCCGAUAGAAAUCUGGGACUUGAGUGUGCGUCAAUCUCGUGGAAUUCUCGCGCUCUCACCACUUUUUGUUCACCGAAGACUGGACGAUGUCGUGCAUAUAAGGUGGGACCAAAUUUCUGUCUUACCACUUCCCAGUCUUGAGCUUCCAGUUACACAUACCAUGUACUCUAUCGCUACUUUCCUGCAGUACGCCACUCUACUCUUCCUCGGCACAGGGGUUAGUCUCGCAUCUAUCGAUGCACGCGCGACUUGUAAAGUGGGUACCUACGGACCAUUCAAGCUCUACGCAUCAUCAUCAGGCCCAGACGGCACUUCACUCCUCCAUCUCGUCGACAUGACUGUUGACGACAACAAUAAUACCAUCUCCACGCUCACGGUAGGCCUAAAUCUAGCAAAAAGAGUUGACCGCUUAACUGAACGUCAUAUAACUUUUAGACUUGCGAUACCUGUGGCAAGACUCCUGUCCACUGGGUUCUAA